AUGUCCUCGUUCACACCACAGACAGAACUGCCGCUUGAACGGUCUCGUCUUAUCGGAAUGAUUCUGGGAGGUGUGUCCUAUGGCGCGCACCUUCUCCUUACUGUACAAGCGGUGAUUGCGCUCAUGCAACGUCCUCGACGUGGGCAGAAAAUUGCAAACAAUCGUCGCAUGCUUCUUUGUUACACCCUCCUCACGUUCGCGCUUUCGACAAUAAGCUUUGCUUGCAGUGCCAAAUUUACGGAGAUGAUCUGGAUGGACCUUCGCAAUGCACCUGGUGGUCCUGCUGCGCUGAUCGAGAACGCAAUGCACUACCGCAUCAACUUUGUGGCGAUACUCUGGCAAGCACCUUUACUUAUCCACCUACACGCAACAUUGACGGUCUCAUCUAGUGCUUACGUCGCAGAGUGGUUCAUGCAAGCACUGCUCCUCUACCGAUGUUUUGUGAUAUGGGAUUGGGCGAGAUACAUGAUGAUCCCCAUGUUUGCCACCUAUAUUGGCAUGAUUGCAGUGGCCAUCAUCGUCUUGGUCCAGGCGAGUACCGGGACUUCAUUUUACACUAUCAACAUCACACUUGCACACCUCACCUUCCUAGUGGGGAACACCGUGCUUUAUACCAUUCUCGUGACGACACGUUUGUUCUCCAUGCGCAGCCAGAUGAAGACGGCGUUGGCUGAAUAUGAUUCUAGCACCUAUGAUACCAUCAUCCGCAUGGUCAUCGAGUCCGCCAUGGCAUACAGUGUCUUCGUCAUCAUCUACAUAGUUGCAUUCUCAGUGCAUUCAGACUCUCUCUCCACGGUAUGCUUCCUGUCUAUUAACCAUGUUGAAGGCAUUACACAGUUGUUCAUCAUCAUACAUGUGGCACGGGGGAGAGCAGUCACACAUGAUUGGUCCACGCGAAAUGCUCCAGCAGCACCUACGACUCUAGCAUUCGCA